CAGUGCACACUGCAGGAUCCAGAGAGGGUUUCAGGAGCUCUGAUCAAUGUGGCAAAGCACCUGGACAACCUGAAGGUCAACGUCUGGAAGAAAAUGAUUGCUCCUGUGACUCUGGAUCCCAACACUGCACACCCAGAUCUCAUCCUGUCUGAGGAUCUGACCAGUGUGAGAUACGUUAGAAAUAACCCAGAGAGGUUUGAUACGUAUGCCAGUGUCCUGGGCUCUGAGGGCUUUAACUCAGGGACUCACUGCUGGGAUGUGGAGGUUGGAGAGAACACAGAGUGGACUGUGGGUGUGAUGACAGAGUCUCUCCAGAGGAAGGGAAACUUUAUCUCCAAGAGUGGAUGGUGGUCUGUGUUUUAUAAAAAUGGUGAAUAUAGAGCAGGUGCUGCACCACAGCCCUCCACUCUCCUCACAGUGCAGCAGAAACUCCAGAGGAUCAGAGUGCAGCUGGACUGGAACAGAGGAGAGCUGUCAUUCUCUGACCCUGAUAAUAACACACACAUACACACUCUCACACACACUUUCACUGAAAGAGUGUUUCCGUACUUUAAUACUGAGUGUAGUCUCUCUCCUCUGAGGAUCCUACCAGUGAGUCCUCAGUAGCAUCAGAGCAGCACUGAUGGAGCUGAAGGUGUCUCUGACUGGACUCUCAUGAGGCCAGUAGGUGUGAUCAUGGAGGUGUGCUGAAUAUAACACACUUAAAGCAGGAGAUGUAUUGAUUCAUUAACACACCAAGUAUACUUAUGAUGAUCGAGUAUACUAAUUAUGACCGAAUAUACUAUUGAUGACCGAGUAUACUAAUGAUGAGUAUAUUGAUGACCGAGUAUACUAAUGAUGACCUAGUAUGCUAAUGAUGAUCGAGUAUACUAAUGAUGGCUGAGUAUGCUAAUGAUGGCUGAGUAUACUAAUGAUGAAUGUGGGUCAGAUUUGAACCCUGAAUGUGGUACAGAUGCAAUUGCUCCUCCCCCCAGACUGUGUCACUUCAGAAUAGAGUAAUGCUCUGCCCUGAUUGGAUGCUGAAGGUAAAAAGGGUGGGGCAGAACAAGAUUGGAGCUGUAGUUUGGCUCACGUGACUUUAACUUUAAUUUACAUGUAAAGUAAUUAAAGGGAUCAAUGAAAGUGAGAGAAUGCAUUCUAUUUAAGCCACUAAUUUCAAAAUGUGUGCCAACAGACAAAGAUUGUGUAGUCUGGUGAUCUGGUGUGAUAUUAUUGACACAAACAAUAAAAUGUCUACAUGAUUGACUGAUAACCACUUUGAAUUUUACCUUUUUCUAACAAUGCAGUUUGAUGACAAUUUACAGAUGAUUAUUAGCUAACAAGCCACAACCAGCAGCUGAAUUCCAGCACUGAAUAAUCAGCCAGAGGAAACAUUCAUGGAGACACGGGGCCACCUAGUGGCGGUAACCAAGAACUGCAGAAGUUUUGAGAGACAGAUAUUGAAACACAACUGUAAUUAAUGUCUUAAUGAGCUACUGUAUAUUGUCAUAAUGGAAGCUACGGGAUCAUUCACCUCCUUAUGGUGUACAUGUUUUUGUCCCUGUGCCUAGAUAUUUAUUUGUUGAACAUGUGCUUUUGCCAAAGUCAUCUUGUAAACUGUGCAGUUAUUCAUUAUUAUGAAAUGACUUUGGAGUCACCGC